CCGCCCCGCUUGCCUCCCCGCGGUCCCCCGGGCGCAUUGGAGACCAUCCUGCAGACGGACAGCCAGGCUGGCGCGCCUCCCCCGUCGCCGGCAGGGCCCGAGCCUGGCAUGACGGCCGAGAGCGCCCCCGCCUCGACGAGCGCGCCGGGCCAUGCGGACGACCCCCAAGCCGGGCUGCGCGCCUCGGUCAAGCUGGAAGCGGCGCCCGCCUGCGAGCCCUUGGAGCCGUCGGAAGAGGAGGCGGCGGCGGGAGGCCUGCGGGCGGGCGGGCGCCGCAGGAAGCGGCCUGUGCAGCGCGGGAAGCCGCCCUACAGCUACAUCGCGCUGAUCGCCAUGGCCAUCGCGCACGCCCCGGAGCGGCGCCUGACGCUGGGCGGCAUCUACCGCUUCAUCACGGAGCGCUUCCCCUUCUACCGCGACGGGCCGCGCCGGUGGCAGAACAGCAUCCGCCACAACCUGACGCUCAACGACUGCUUCGUGAAGGUGCCCCGCGAGCCGGGCCGCCCGGGCAAAGGCAGCUACUGGGCCCUGGACCCGCGGGCCCGGGACAUGUUCGAGAGCGGCAGCUUCCUGAGGCGCCGCAAGCGCUUCAAGUGCAGCGACCUCUCCACCUACCCGGCCUACAUGCACGAGGCGCAGGCCCAGCCCGUCGGGCCUCCCCUGGGCGCCCCUUACGCGCCCCCUGCAGCCCUUUGCUACUCGUCCCCGCCGCCCCUCUUCGGCCUGGGGCCCCUCAUGGCGGAGCUGCCCCAGCAGCAGCAGCAGCAGCAGCAGAGCCCCGACGGGACCCCCUCUCCUGGCAGCAACUGCUCCUUUGCAGGCCCUGCGGCCUACUCCAGCCAAGGCUGCCCUGCAGGGCCCGGUCUCCCCAGGCCUCCCAACCCCGUGCCUUACUCUUACCAGCUCCCCGCUGGCCAGCAACUCCCAGUGAACCAAGGGGCCUACCCUCAGAACAGUGGCGGCCACCUCUUUGGCACUUCGGCCCGUCUGGCCAUGCCAGCUUCGUCCCCGCUUGGGAAUGACCCCAUGGACUUCUACGGCAGGGUGUCGCCCAGCUCCUACAGCUCCUUGGCUCACGGGUACCAUGCUGGCGGGCAGUUUGGCAACCCCGGGGCCUACCUGCGACACACCACCUAUUCCAGCAAUGUGGAAAGAUUCGUGUCGGCCAUUUGAAGGCAAGGAAGAGCAGGGACGGGACCCACCCGUUGGGUUGCAGUGCUGGGCAAGGCCUGUAGUUUGGCUGUGGACUCUGGAGGACCUCGGUUGGCUUCAGUGCACGUGCCUGCAUUGCAGGGGGUGGAGCACCUCAUAGCAUUCCUCUGACACCAGUAGAUGCACCAGCAAGAAUUGUCGUGUAAAAGACCUGAGAGAGACAGGAUGAUGGAAAUGUGGCCUGUGGUCUUUGGUCACCAUAAAGGUCUAGUGACAGCAGACGGUGGGGGGGACAUACACAUGGUAGCCUGGGGGGGGGGGGGGGAAGAGACUUCAAUGCUUGAAAACACAACAUCCUAAAGCCAAAGUGAUUGUAAUAUAUUAGCUCCCGCUCUGUUCAGGUUAGUUCUCUUGGGCUUGAUUUUAUGGAGCUUUUCUGCCUUUCCAAAAUGCACCAGUAGCCGGCCUCUCUUUCUCUUUCCAUUCUUUGGGCUUAGCUGAUUGCUAGCAACUUAUGCAUAGCUAGGUGUGUGCUUGCCCUAAUUUUGAAUUUUUGGUGAGUCACAAAUCACAGAUUCUUUUGGACAAAUAAAUAGAGGCAGAGGGGAGGGGAAAGGUUCAGUGAAUCGUACUUCCUUUUGGCAAGGGUUCUGAGUAAGGUUCAGAAGUCUUUGGGAGCACAUCUGCAAUAAGAAACUUUCCGGGUAGCCUUUGUCAGAAUUUUUACUGAUCGCUGCUGUUAUCUUUGGUUGCAUACCUUAUUUUGAAGGAGGCAAAGGGACCCAUUGCAUUAGUAGUGGGUUUUGCUCCUAACUAGCCUCGCAUCAGAUUUCUGUCUCUGUUUUUGCUCAGGUUUAGUACACUGCAGUCCUAAUACUCAGAUAUUUUCUAAUUGAUCAGAGAUUCAUUGUAGGAAAGCUUCUAAUCCACUCCCACAGAAUCCUACAAAACAAAUGUCUUAAGAGAAGGUGGCUGUUCCAUUCAGUUUAAUUAGCUUCUCUUUUCAGCCUCCUGACUAUCCAGGAAAUAAUGGUUCCAAGUCAAAAUGUACUGACUGUCUCUCUUAUCUGUUGGUUUAUGGUAGACAGAGGGUUUAUGGUAAAGAAAUGGUUCAAAAUACUGUUGCCGAGCUGCCUUAACAGAGAACCAGACUUUUACAUCAGUGAGGUGGUGGGGGAUUGGGUUGCCUCUCCGACCAACCAUCCAUCCCUUUUCUGGUCUUUCCACUCCUCCUCUUCAGCUAAGUGAGCGGAGCUUUUAAGAGUACCUCAAAAAAGAUUAGCAGACCAACAGUAGAAGUUAUAACUGAUGGGCUGCUUAAUCUUCUGCAAUAGUCCAGGGCAAAGUCUGAUUCUCCUGGCUACAAUCUGGACAAUCCUAGUUCCAAAAUGUAUCGUGAGAAUAGCUGCUAUCAUGAAUACCGUGAGUUCAGCACUGCACAAUUUCCACAGUUGUGUAGAGGCAGAAAAUUUGCCAUGCUAAAAAUGGUCUUUGGAUUGUGCCAUUUCAGGCUUCAGGAGUUGCUGCUGGAUCGCAUGUUUGAAUUUUCUCCUGAAUGAAAGCACACUGCUUGUGGAACUAGAUGGCAGGGUCAAAAAAACCCUUCCCACCCUACUGCAAAAUGCUAGGUUUCUACUUGCAAGGAGCUUUUAAAAAACACGGGGUGUAUUCAAAGUCUUAAAUGGUAUAUAAUGUCUUUAACAUGAUUUAUUGACAUUGUUCAAAUUAGUUCUUGAAGCCUGUCUGAAUGAUCUUGUGGCUUGACUUGAGAACACCGAUUUGAGCGUUGCAAGACCCUGAAAAAUGUCCUACUGGGUUCAACCAGGGUCUUAUCCAACUACCCCUGUUUCCCCGAAAAUAAGACAUCCCCGGAAAAUAAGACGUAGUAGAGGUUUUGCUGAAGUGCUAAAUAUAAAGCAUCCCCCGAAAGUAAGACGUAGCAAAGUUUUUGUUUGGAAGCAUGCCC